AAACACCAUCACCACCAUUCUUGCUCCCCGCGGUCGCAAGUCGGCCAGGCCCGCCACUCUUCCGUUCCGCUCGGCAGUAGUGCGCUGCACGGACGAUACUACGCUCGCUAUCGACGGAAGAAAAUGUGUGUCGCGUCCACAGUGUACUAGUAUUGUAGUGGCAGUGCUCGUGAGUUACGCACGCGGACUUAACUUUUUUUAAAGAACGAUCUACUCAAAUAAUGAUGGCGCCCGAGACUGUGGUGACAACUGAACACAAUAAACCUGCUGCAGCUUCUCCUCAGCAGCAGGGCGGCGCUUUGGAUUGGCUUAAACUCGACAUAAACUAUUUCAAAACUCCACCAGGCUUGUUGAAAAUAAUACAACUUGCGCUCGGUAUCUUGUGUAUGGCGCUGGCGUCGCCGUGGUACUCCACGUGGUUCGUCUUCGUAGCCGUCACGAGUUUCAUUACCACUCUCAUUUGGAGUUUCGUCUAUCUCCUCAGCAUCAAGGAAGUCAUCAAACUCCCCAUCAACUGGGUUUUGUCUGAGCUGAUCAGCACCAGUAUAGAGACGUUUAUGUACCUGAUCGCCUUCAUCGUGCUGUUCGCAGCGACUGCUGGCUACUACGGCGCCGGCUAUGGAGCCAAUGUUGCAGCAGCUGUGUUCGGUAUCUUCAACACGGUGGCGUACGCAGCCAGCGCGUUCCUGCUGUUCAAGGAGCACCGAGGAUCCACUGCGACGGGACAAGUGGCGUGAGCCUAAACCCUACGCGCAUGCGCCGCGGCCACUAUCAUAAACCUCAAUGAAAGCCUAUCAUCGUACCGUUCACAUUCGUUUCG